CGUUAGACGCAAGUCAAUGGUACGUUCACCCUCAUGACCUUAUAACCCCUAAAAACCCUUUGUUUCCCAUCAUCAUCGCAUACCAAGAAAACCAACAUCUUAUCAAUCGAAAGAUCCAAUAUGUUUGAGAGGAGGGAUACGGGGGAGUGGAAUCCCGCGAUGGAGGAGGAGUCGUCAUCGUCGGUGGUGUCGGAGUUUGAGGGGACUCUGUUGAAGGACCCGGACCUGUUCUCCUACUUCAUGUUGAUGGCGUUCGAAGCGUCCAACUUGCUACGUUUUGCUCUGUUGCUGUUGCUAUGGCCCGUGAUCUGCUGCCUCAACGCGUUUGGGAUGGAAGAUUACGGGUUGAAGCUCAUGAUCUUUGUCGCCCUAGCGGGGGUUCCGGAAUCCGAGAUCAAAGCGGUGUCUAGAGCCGUUUUGCCGAAGUUUUUCAUGGACGAUUUGAAUGGUGAUGCCUGGAGAGAGUUCAGCGCCUGCGAGAAGAGGGUGGUGGUGACCAGGAUGCCCGGAGUGAUGGUGGAGAGGUUUGCGAUGGAGCAUUUGAGGGCUGACGAAGUUAUCGGAAGCGAGCUCGUCGUGAACCGAUUUGGGUAUGCUACGGGUUUUGUUGAGGGCGGCGAUGGCACCGCUUUCGGCCGCGUUGACAAGCUCUUUGGUGAUGACGAAAGGCCUUCUAAAGGGCUAGGAAGGCCUGGCCUUUCAUUUCUCUCUCUUUGCAAGGAACAAAAGCAACCACCCUUCGCCGAAAAGCAUUGUAACCUAGAGCCUCCCGAGCCGCUCAAGGUGAUCUUCCACGACGGCAGGCUUGCCAAACGCCCUACCCCGUUGAUGGCCUUCUUGACCCUCGUUUGGAUGCCCUUUGGGAUAGUACUAGCUUUCAUCCGCAUCGUUGUGGGCUUGAGCUUGCCUAUCGGCGUCAUCCCGAUCAUCGCGCCGAUAUUGGGAGGUAGAGUCAUCAUCAAAGGAAAACCACCGCCCCCCGUUUCCCGAGACAAUGCCACUGGCGUCUUGUUUGUUUGCACUCACCGCACCCUGAUGGACCCCGUGGUCCUCUCCACUGCUCUUGGCCGCAGGAUCCCGGCAGUUAUCUAUUCCCUCUCAAAGCUAUCAGAGAUUUUGUCGCCGAUACCUACAAUCCGCUUAACCCGAACCCGCGAAGCAGACAGAGAGAUGAUCAAGGACCAACUAUCAAAAGGCGAUUUAGCGGUGUGCCCCGAAGGGACAACAUGCCGAGAACCGUUCCUCCUGAGGUUCAGUGCGCUAUUUGCCGAGUUAACCGAUCGGAUAGUGCCUGUCGCGAUGAACUAUAGAGUCGGGCUGUUUCACGCGACAACAGCUAGAGGAUGGAAGGCCAUGGACCCCAUCUUCUUCAUGAUGAACCCUAGACCCAUCUACGAGGUGACCUUCUUGAACCAGCUGCCAGCUGAGGCAACCUGUUCAUCCGGAAAGAGCCCGAUUGACGUCGCCAACUACGUGCAGAGGCUCUUGGGGACCACGCUAGGAUUCGAGUGUACCAACUUGACUCGAAAGGACAAGUACAGGGUUCUUGCCGGGAACGACGGAACUGUGUCGGCGUCGUCGCACGCUUCGUUGUUCGAUCGCGUCAAGAGAGUCGUGAGCACGUUCGAGCCCUUUAUUCACUGAGAUUGACGGAGAUCGCAAUAAGACUGAUCGACGGUUACAACUAUUACGUAAUAUUCUCCAGGACGCUCUGGAAUCUUUCUUUGGUUUUAGAAACAACAUAGGUCUGCAUUCUUUCUCUUCACUUCCUUUUCCUUUGUUUGUUUUGUCGGGAGAUUAUUAUUUAAGGAUCUGUAAACACUAAGCAAAUGUAUGGAGAGUUGUUACCAUCAAUUGUGAGCUAGUCCUGUUUAAUGCAUCGAAUGAAGGGAAUAAGUUCUUCAA